AUGCCUUUCGCUAAGAGGAUCGUGGAGCCGCAGUGGCUGUGCCGGCAGCGGCGCCCGGCGCUCGGCCCGGCGGAGGACGCUAACGGAGGCAGCGCGGAGCCGCCGCCGCCCCUGCAGCCGCCCGGCCGACGGGACGAGGCCGUGGCGCCGGGGCCGGAGGAUCCUGCCCGCGCGCCCCCCGCGCCUCCCGGGCCGCCGCCGCCGCCGCUGCCCGCGCCGACCGACCAGGCGCAGCCGCCGCACGGAGAGGCGCCAGCGGCGGGCGAGGAGAGCGCGGCGGGGGUCGCCGAGGCGGCGACCGCGGCUGGAGAAGCGUCCACGGCGGCGGCCGCGGCCGUGCUGCUCAUGCUGGACUUGUGCGCGGUCAGCAACGCCGCGCUGGCCCGCGUCCUCCGGCAGCUCUCGGACGUGGCCCGGCACGCGUGCAGCCUCUUCCAGGAGCUCGAGAGCGACAUCCAGCUGACCCACCGCCGCGUCUGGGCGCUGCAGGGCAAGCUCGGCGGCGUGCAGCGCGUCCUCGGCACGCUGGACCCCAAGCAGGAGGCAGUGCCCGUCUCCAACCUGGACAUUGAGAGUAAACUGAGUGUGUACUACCGUGCGCCAUGGCACCAGCAGAGAAACAUCUUCCUCCCGGCCACAAGGCCACCCUGCGUGGAGGAGCUGCACCGCCAUGCCCGGCAGAGCCUGCAAGCCCUGCGCAGAGAGCACCGGAGCCGGAGUGAUCGCCGGGAGCAGAGAGCCGCUGCCCCUCUUUCCAUAGCGGCCCCUCCACUGCCAGCCCAUCCCCCAGCUCACAGCCAGAGGAGGCGCGAAGUUAAGGAUCGGCACUUCUUAACGUUUAACAGCACCCGUUCGCCCUCCCCCACUGAGUGUUGCCACAUGACCCCAUGGAGUAGAAAGUCCCAUCCCCCGGAGGAUGAAGAUACAGAUGUCAUGUUAGGGCAGAGGCCAAAAAACCCAGUACACAAUAUCCCCUCGACACUGGACAAGCAGACCAACUGGAGCAAAGCACUGCCUCUCCCAACACCAGAGGAAAAGAUGAAACAAGACGCCCAAGUGAUUUCUUCUUGCAUUAUUCCCAUCAAUGUCACUGGAGUUGGUUUUGACAGAGAGGCUAGUAUACGCUGCUCUCUUGUUCAUUCACAAUCCGUACUACAGCGGAGACGAAAACUGAGGAGGAGGAAAACCAUCUCGGGUAUCCCCAGAAGAGUCCAACAAGAAAUAGAUUCUGACGAAUCCCCUGUGGCCAGGGAAAGGAAUGUGAUCGUGCACACAAAUCCAGACCCUUCCAACACUGUCAAUAGGAGGUCUGGAACCAGGGACUCCGAGUGCCAAACUGAAGAUAUUCUGAUUGCUGCUCCAUCCAGAAGGAGAAUCAGAGCUCAAAGGGGUCAAAGCAUCGCAGCUUCCCUUUCUCAUUCUGCUGGCAACAUCUCUGCACUGGCAGACAAAGGCGACACCAUGUUUACGACUGCGGUGAGCAGCCGUACAAGAUCUCGGAGCCUUCCCCGGGAGGGCAACAGAGGUGGGGAUGCUGAGCCCAAAGUUGGUGCUAAACCCUCAGCAUAUGAAGAGGGGGAGCCCUUCAUGGGCGACCGAGAAAGAUCAUCAAAUGAUUGCAGUGAGGCCCCCAGCAGCCCAAGUGCACAGGAACACCAGCCUGCUCUGGGCUUGGCUUGUUCUCAACAUCUUCACAGCCCUCAGCACAAGUUAAAUGAGAGAGGGAGGUCACGCCUGUCCCGAGUGGCUGCCGACUCUGGCAGCUGUGACAUCUCCUCCAACUCAGACACCUUUGGGAGCCCCAUCCACUGCAUCUCCACAGCUGGCGUCCUCCUCAGCAGCCACAUGGACCAGAAAGAUGACCAUCAGUCAUCCAGUGGCAACUGGAGUGGGAGCAGCUCCACAUGCCCCUCACAGACCUCAGAGACAAUCCCUCCUGCGGCUUCUCCUCCCCUAACUGGCUCUUCACACUGUGACUCGGAGUUGUCACUCAACACAGCCCCUCAUGCUAAUGAGGAUGCCAACGUCUUCGUGACAGAGCAGUACAAUGACCACCUGGAUAAAGUGAGAGGCCACCGGGCAAACUCCUUUACCUCCACUGUGGCAGAUCUGCUGGAUGACCCCAACAACAGCAACACCAGCGACAGUGAGUGGAAUUACCUACACCACCAUCACGAUGCCUCCUGCCGCCAGGAUUUUAGUCCUGAGCGCCCCAAGGCAGACAGCCUGGGCUGUGCAAGCUUCACAAGCAUGGCCACUUAUGACAGCUUUCUGGAAAAGUCUCCAUCAGACAAAGCAGACACUAGCUCUCACUUCUCAGUGGACACAGAAGGAUACUACACUUCCAUGCACUUUGACUGUGGUCUCAAAGGCAGUAAGAGUUAUGUCUGUCACUAUGCAGCUCUGGGCCCAGAGAAUGGCCAGGGCAUUGGGGUUCCUCCUACUCUUCCCGACUGUGCCUGGCAGGACUACUUAGACCACAGGAGGCAGGGGAGACCAAGCAUCUCUUUCAGGAAACCAAAGGCAAAGCCCACCCCACCUAAACGUAGUUCAUCACUGAGGAAGUCUGAUGGAAAUGCAGACAUUUCUGAGAAGAAAGAACCAAAGAUAAGCGGCGGCCAGCUCCUGCCUCACAGUUCCAGGGAAAUGAAGCUGCCUCUUGAUUUCUCCAACACACCUUCUCGAAUGGAAAAUGCCAACCUUCCCACCAAGCAAGAAUCUUCUUGGAUGAACCAGAGUGAGCAUGGGAUUAAGGAGCCUCAGUUAGACACUCCAGAUACUCCGCCAUUCAAAGAUGAAGGUGCUGAAUCAGCUCACUAUGCGGAUCUCUGGCUUCUGAAUGACUUGAAAACAAAUGAUCCUUACAGAUCUUUAUCUAAUUCCAGCACUGCUACGGGUACCACAGUUAUUGAAUGCAUCAAAUCUCCAGAGAGCUCUGAAUCCCAAACAUCCCAGUCAGAAUCAAGAGCGACCACCCCAUCCCUUCCUUCUGUUGACAAUGAGUUUAAAUUGGCCUCACCAGAAAAGCUGGCCGGCUUGGCAUCUCCAUCAAGUGGCUACUCAAGCCAGUCUGAAACACCAACUUCCUCUUUCCCUACAGCUUUCUUUUCUGGCCCGCUGUCUCCUGGAGGUAGCAAAAGAAAACCGAAAGUCCCAGAAAGGAAAUCCUCACUACAGCAACCCUCUUUAAAAGAUGGAGCUCUGUCACUGAGUAAAGACCUUGAACUUCCAAUUAUACCUCCUACCCAUCUUGACCUAAGUGCUCUUCAUAGUGUCUUGAAUAAACCAUUCCACCACCGACACCCACUGCAUGUUUUUGCUCAUAGUAAGCAGAACCCAGUAGGAGAAACACUGCGGUCCAACCCUCCACCAUCCCUUGCGAUUACACCAACAGUCCUGAAAUCUGUUAACCUGAGGUCCAUCAGCAAGUCUGAAGAAGUGAAGCAGAAAGAGGGCAACAAUACAGAUCUCCCCUACUUAGAGGAUAGCACUCUCGCAAUGGCUGCCCUGUCUCCAGGUAAGAUUAAGCCACAUGCGGCUAAGAAAUCAGUAUCACGUCAGUACUCCGCUGAAGACACCAUACUGUCCUUCUUAGACUCCUCUGCAGUUGAGAUGGGACCAGAUAAACUACAGUUAGAGAAAAAACGUGCUUUUGAUGUAAAGAACCAUUGUGACCCAGAAACGGCGACCUCAGCUGGUAGCAAUCUUCUAGAUUCGAGUGUCACAAAAGACCAAAAACAUAUGGAGAGUGAGCCUGUUCCGGAAAAUACAGCGAGUAAGAAUUUUGACUUUCCCACAGAGGGAUUUCAGAGGGUGUCUGGUGCCCGCCCAAAUGAGCUGGAUGGCAAAGUACUACAAUAUGGAGCGGGUCCAGACGGGGCCCUGGCACAGGUGCAGAAGCCAUCCUCUGCAGAUUGGGAGGAAGCUGCGUACCCCGAGUCUCUCGAUGCGCUCCCGGCUCAGUCAGACUCGCCAACCAGACCCACAGACAUAAGCAAUCCACUCAAGCCUCAACCUGGGGUGAGCCGCCACCAUGACAAAGUGCCUGGGAACACCAGCUGUGAAGCGGAGCUAUCAUCUGCAAAUUCAUGCCCUGAAAAAUGUUCCGAGCAGGAAAAUACCGCUUCAGGUGUUUCCACCAAAAGUGCCUCUGACAACAGCGGAGCAGAGGAGACCCAAGGAAGUGUGGAUGAGGUUUCACUGAAAGAAUCGUCACCGAGUGAUGACUCUAUGAUUUCACCGCUUAGUGAAGACUCUCAGGCCGAAGCAGAAGGUGUGUUCGUGUCUCCAAACAAACCUCGUACAACUGAGGAUUUGUUUGCAGUCAUUCACAGGUCUAAGAGAAAAGUCCUUGGAAGAAAAGACUCCGGGGAUAUGUCGGCUCGAAGCAAAUCGAGGGCUUCCCUCGGCAGUAGCAGCAGCAGCAGCAGCGCUGGUUCUGGUACUUUGCCCAACAGCAACGUGACCACCCCAAACAGCCAGAGGUCCCCGGGCCUCAUCUACCGAAAUGCCAAGAAGUCCAACACGUCCAACGAAGAGUUUAAGCUGUUACUCCUCAAGAAAGGAAGUCGCUCGGAUUCUAGUUACCGCAUGUCUGCUACUGAGAUCCUCAAGAGUCCCAUCCUGCCCAAACCUCCUGGAGAGCUCACAGCUGAGUCCCCACAAAGCACCCAUGAGGCUCAUCAGGGGGCCCCUGGGGCCGAGGCCCUGUCCCCACUCUCUCCCUGCUCCCCGAGAGUUAAUGCGGAAGGGUUUUCCUCAAAGAACUUUGCCACCUCGGCCUCCUCGAGGGUUGGCCGCUCCCGAGCACCCCCUGCAGCCAGCAGCAGCCGCUACAGCGUCCGCUGCAGGCUGUACAAUGCGCCCAUGCAGGCCAUCUCUGAGGGCGAGACAGAAAAUUCUGAUGGGAGCCCACAUGACGACCGAUCCUCCCAGAGCUCAACAUAGGU